AUGUUAGAUUUUCUCGAAACCCAUUGUAAAUAUUUACAAAGAGUCACCAUCGAUAAGUCUGACUUCUCAAACGCCGGUACUAAUAAAAAAGCUCCUACGAAAAGUGGUUACGCGAAAUCGUCCGAAAGACUCACCUCGCAUGCAACGACAAAAAAAACGUGUCCGCUCUGUGGCGACUCUCAUGGACUUUAUAAUUGUGAGAGACUGCGGGCACUUCAUGUGUCAUCGCGAAUUGAGGAAGUUCAGCGUUUGCGAAUUUGCUACAAUUGUUUAUCUCCCGGGCAUCAUAAUCGUCAAUGCAAUGCGGGACCAUGCACUAAAUGCAAAAGGAAGCACAAUACUUUGCUUCAUCUUAAAACUAGUGUAGCCGAGAACGCGAAUAUUCGGCAGAGUAUUGAAGUCGUUCAAAACUUAACAUCUAAAGGCGAUCAGCCGAUUAAUACCACUCUCGUUGCUCAUUCUAGGUGUAUGGAUAAUGAGCAUGUAAUAUUAGGAACUGCACUUGUAUGGACAAAGGAUCGGAGAGGAAAGCUGUAUGAAUGUCGCGUUUUACUUGACUCGUGUUCUCAAGUAAACCUUAUGACACGCGAAUUCUGUAAAAAAUUAGGACUUCCGAUGCUAACUUCCGACACUGUGGUUUCUGGAGUAUUUAAACACGAACAGGAGCAACAGCAUCGCGCUCACGUCACAUUUAAUUCGCGAUGUACCGGUUUUUCACAACAAAUUACGUACCUCAUUAGAACGGACAUUACCGAUGACAUGCCGAACGUGCGAUUGCGUAGAAGUGACUUCAGCAGCCCUGAUGGAAUUACAAUGGCUGAUCCAAGAUUCGCUGAAACGCGCCCUAUCGAUCUUUUAACCGGCGGGGGUACAUUUUGGAAGCUUUUAUGUGUCGGGCAGAUCCAACUUCGCGAAGAUCAACCGAUAUUACAAAAAACGCAACUUGGAUGGAUUGUCGCCGGUCCCAUGGAACUUCCACACCCCUCAUACAAAUCAAAGGCUCUGUGUAAUUUGAUUACUAAUCAGCAAUUACAUAAUGAAGUCCAACUAUUCUGGGAAAUCGAGCAUUAUUCAGUCAAAAGGGAUCAACCAGAACUGGAUUCACGUGACGUCUGUGAGCAGCACUUUCUGUCAACGACUAAGCGUGACCCUGAAGGACGAUUGAUCGUGACAAUUCCCUUUAAGGACGAGGUCAAUGAACUUGGGGACUCUCUGAAAAUGGCAGAAAAACGGUUAUUCGCGAUGGAGCGUAAGAGAGAGAAAUGUCCUGAGUUAAAUAAUAAGUAUAUUGAGUUUAUGAAUGAUUAUCAAGAUAAACAACAUAUGGUUCAAAUUCCGGAAGAAGCACAUACCGAUGGACACGUAAAUUAUUUACCUCACCAUGCAGUAUUUAAAGAAGGCAGCACUACUACCAAAUUACGCGUUGUUUUCGAUGAGGUUAAAUGA